AGUUACUUGAUAUACACCUAUGCACGCCCACACAAAGAGCCUUGCAAGAUACUUGUGCGCUUGCCUGAACACUGACAACUUUGUGGUGCACCUCAAGAAUUGGCACCUUCAAUCGCUGAAUUUUGAUAGCAUAUCAAAAGAAGUCCUUUUCAUUGAUACCGGCUUGAUUCGCGUUGAAGCUCCGGCACACACCGCACGCUCUCAGCACCGGCUUUCCCGUCGCCUGCGUUCUCGGCCCGGCGCGCGUAUAUAAUGACACGUGUGCCAAUGCCUAAGCGGUCGGCGGGCCAAGACCGGCCCGCCGCGACUGUCGCGCCGUCCAUUCUUUCGGCGGACUUUGCCCGGCUCGCGGAGGAGUGCAAACGUAUGGUCGACUUGGGAGCGGACUGGCUGCAUGUGGACGUUAUGGACGGCCACUUCGUGCCCAACCUGACCAUCGGCGCGCCCGUUGUGGCCUCGCUGCGCAAGCACACGGACGCCUUCCUGGACUGCCACCUCAUGGUCUCAAACCCCGAGCAGUGGGUCAAGGACUUCGCCAAGGCCGGCGCCGACAUGUUCACCUUCCACCUGGAGGCGGCGGCGGGGCCCGGCCCCGACGACUGGCACGCGCUGAGCCCCGACACCGCCAACCAGACGGUGGUGGACAUGUGCCGCGGCAUCAAGGCCGCGCACAUGCACGUGGGCAUCGCGAUCAAGCCCUCCACGCCACCCGAGUUGGUGGCGCCGUACGUGGCGGAGGGGCUGGUGGACAUGGUGCUGGUGAUGACUGUGGAGCCGGGCUUCGGCGGGCAGUCGUUCAUGCCGCAGGCGGUGGCCAAGGCCGCCUUCCUGCGCAACAAGUUCCCCGACCUCAACAUCCAGGUGGACGGCGGCCUGGCGCCCAACACCAUCGACCGGGCGGCGGAGGCCGGCGCCAACGUCAUCGUGGCGGGCAGCGCCGUGUUUGGCGCAGCCGACCCCGCGGCGGUGAUGAAGACACUCAAGAGCAGCGUGUCCGCGGCCGCCAGCAGCGGCAAGCCGGCGCACUGAAAGGAAGAGGGUGUGGCAUGCAGAUGAUGUUUCUCCUCGUGGCUGCCGAUGGUGGAGGGAGUGCAUGGCGGCCGCCGGUUUUUUCAUCGUUGACUCAUGGCUGGAACUUAUCGCCGCUCAACGCAUCAGACAAUGAACUUCGUUCAUUUGUGUGUGCCGCUCCCGGCUGGUGUAUGGGCAGCGGGAUGCAUGACGGGGGGGCGGGAGGCCAACGUGACAGCAGCAGGGGCAAAGCAGGGUGUGUGCGGCAGUUUGACCGUCGACCGCGGCGACGGGGAACAAGCUCUGAAGGUCGGUGUAGCGAGCGGUAGCUGUGGCUUAUGUGAUACGGUCUAUCCGAUGCAGUGCUGCCCACGCCGCGAAAUGCAGCCAGUUAUUUGCGGAGGUCGACCGUCGACGGCGCCCAUGCAGCGCUUGGCUGGAACUUAUC